AAAAAAAUUCUUUGAAACAGAAUGUAUAUAUUCAAAAAAGGAUAAUUGCUAAGGAUUUUAAAAUAUUCAAUAUACAAUAUUGAUUGAAGAAAAUUAUGAUAAUAUGAAGAAAGUAAGCAAACGAAUUCUCGCAACACUACCACGUGCGCAGCUGCCGCAGAAACCAUAUGGAUUUUGUUGCGAAGAGAAAUCUCAAGAUCCUGAGAAACGCUACAACAUGCGAAAUCCGCCCUUCGUGUCCUCUUUGACGGAUGUAAUCCUAAAUAACGGCGGACCAGGUGUAAAGUUCCGUGUUCAGGAUAUCGGUCGGCCACCGUUUCCCAUUCAAAGAAGAAUUCUUGAAGCCAAAGGAAUAGCUUAUUUGGGACGUUGCAAGCGAUGUCGAGGUCCUUUGCGAUGGUAUUUGGAGGACGAAAUUGCGCUGGCGCGCGAAUUUCUUGCUAAAAUGAGACAAGACAAUUACAACACGAGUAUGAAAGGAAAUUUAAUGAUCGCCAGACAAAAAACAAGAGAACGUCGAAGUCGCAUCAAGAGAAGAAAUUUGCGGAAGAUUACUCCAAAAUGAAAUAUUACACAAGAAAAUUGAAAAAAUGAAUCUAAAGAAAUUUACUGCAG